AUGCAAAGCAAAGAACCUGUCCCCUUCAGCGAGCCCCCAUGGCUUCUCGGCCACCCGUCACCAUACUACAAGGAGUCCCAUCGCAAAUGGCAAAGGUUUUGCCGCGAGUUUGCGGAUGAACACUUUACCCCUUCUGCAUUACAGUGGGAGCGAGAUGGCGAGGUGCCGGCGCAUGUAUACGACACGUUCGCACGGCAUAACAUGAUGGUUCCCAACAUACCCACACCCUUGCCUAUCAAGCUUUUGAAGAGCGUGGGUAUCCAUCACGUCGGUCCAAUUGCAGUAGAAGAGUUCGAUUACCUUCAUGUCAUCAUCUACUCGUCUGAGAUGAUCCGCUGCGGCCUCAUGGGUCCGGUAACAGCAAUCACGACCGGCUUCGCCUUUGGCGUGCCUCCAAUCGUACACUACGGCAGUCCCGAGUUACAAGAGCGCUUUCUACCUGACCUAUUGACUGGCCGCACCCGAAUCUGUAUCGCCAUAACUGAGCCAGACGCUGGAUCGGACGUCGCUAAUGUUCAGACUGUAGCUGAGAAGACUGCAGAUGGAAAGCACUACAUCCUGAACGGGACGAAGAAAUGGAUCACUAAUGGAAUGUGGAGCGAUUACGCCUCCAUGUGUGUCCGCACAGGAGGGAAAGGUCCAAGUGGACUGAGUGUCCUACUUGUCCCCCUGAAGAACCAGAAGGGCGUCAGUAUGCGCAAGAUUCCCGUCAGCGGCGGUAGAGCAAGCGGUACAACCUUCAUUGAGCUGGAUGAUGUCGAAGUGCCUGUUGGCAACAUCCUGGGGAAAGAGGGCGAUGGGAUGAAGUAUAUCAUGGUAUGUUGGCAGGAGAUACUUGCAUAUCAUAGCUCUGACUUACUCUUUUCACAGAACAAUUUCAAUCACGAACGAUUGACUAUUGCAGCUUUGGUCGGAACUCAGGCUCGCGUUGCAUUGUCAACGGCCUUUGAGUGGGUCAUGAAGCGUGAAGCAUUUGGAUCUCCUCUCAUCAAUCAGGCAGUCGUUCGCCAUCGGCUGGCAAAGGCUGGGGCAGAGCUGGAAACACUAUGGGCCUGGAUUGAGAGCUUUGCCUAUCAGAUGUGUCAUUUCAAGAAGGGAGAGGCAGACGUAAAACUGGGCGGCCUCACAGCAUUAGCCAAAGCGAAAGCUGGACUUGUGCUGAACGAAUGUGGACAGUGCGCCCAAUUGCUGUUCGGUGGUAACGGCUAUACAGAAACUGGCCAAGGAGAGCUUGUGGCGAAGAUAGCUAAGGAGAUCCAAGGUGCAAGAGUUCCAGGCGGCAGCGAGGACGUACUGCUCGACCUCGCGAUUCGCCAGCUAUAUAAGAACCAUCAGAGGCAGAUAUACACGAAGCUAUGA